AUGAGACAGACAGCAUUCUUGCUCCUGCUACUCGGCAUGGUGGCGGCGCUAGGCCACGUUGGCGACGACGACAACGCCGACGAAAACGGCACCACCGCCCCGACCUCGGUGUGGGUCACCACCACCGUCAACGGGGCGUUGGCCACCAUCCAGGCCCAGUACACCCAGUCGUUCCAACCGGUGGCGUCGCUGGCGGCGGAAGUCCCCUCCGGCGGCAUUGGCCUCGGCUCGCUUUCUGGCGAAGUGGGCAAUGCCCGUACCUACGAUUCGACGACAGUCACCGGUGGUGCUGCCGGUAUCGCUGCAUUGGGAGGGAUAUUCGUUGCGUUGGGAGGUCUUUUGCUUUAG